CACACAAAUAAAUAUCCCCCCCUUAAACCUUAACCGCCCAUUCUUUGUCUCCCUAUAGCCAUCCCUACGCACCCUAUUUUUUUGUACCCAGAGAAAACAAAAAGAAGAAAAGGAGAUAAGAGAAAUUUGAUGAACUAAGGUGAAUUCAUCAAAUUUCUCAAUCUCUUUCCUUUGGUUCGGGUGUCUUUUCUUUCAAUCCCAACUAACCCAGAUUUGUUGUUUGUUUUCUUUCUCACCUUAUUAUCUUCAAAAGAAAAAGAAAAGGUUUUUUAAUGUUUAUGUUUUUGUUUUGUACAUAAACAAAGGAAAGGUUUUCCAGAGAUCAUAUGGAUAUGGGUCUUUGUAUCUAGACUUGUUAUCUUCAAUAAAUAUUCUUUGGGGGGAGAAUUUCCAGGUGUCACAAACCCAUAUCAGAUCUCAGUAACCCCACCACCAUCUUCCUUCAUCUACCUGUUUCUGGGUGCGUCCACUAAACCUCAUUCUUAUUACAUGACAGCUGUUUAGGCUGUCUGUACGGUUGAGUUCUUUUCUUGUGGAAAAUAAAGGAAGGAGGAAGCUUUGUUAGCUUUCUUUUAGGCCUUUGGAUUGGUUGAGGUAAUUUUUUGUUAUCAAACUUUGUUAAAAAAGAAACAGAAAAUUUUUUUUCUUCUUAUAUUACUAAUCUUUAUUCUGAUAAGACCUUGACAAGGGAGGCCCACCUCUGGGGUUUGGUGGGCUUUCAUAUUAACCAACAAAACCCCCUUUGUUUUUCAUCGAAGUUGGGUAUUCCUCCUGUUGUGUUGAAGAUCCCACUUUGUUUUUGAAGGGAAGGGUGAGAGAAUGGGAGAGACAAUUGGGUUCUUCCAUUGAUUUUUUUUUUUCCUUUUUGCCUUAGAUAAAUUGAAUUUGGACCCAUAAAAAGAAUUCACCUUUUUUCUAUAUUUUGGAAUGCUACUUUACUUCUUCAUCACUUGUUUUCCCUUCAUCUUCUUUUUGAAGUCCUUAACUUUGAAACCACUCCCACCGUGGGCAACUGAGAUGAGAUUAUUGUCUCUCUGGUUCUGGAAAGAAGUACCCUUUUUUUCCAUUUCCAAGUCGAUAAAAAAUAGUCUUAGUCUUAGUUAUUUUACCACAAUCCCUUCCAAAAUGUCUCUAAAAAAGAUAUCUUUUACUUCAAAAGUUGAUAACUUUGAGGAGGUUGAAGAAGGGGUGAUGUCAGUUUUGGACUUACCAGAAUUGGUCUUAGAAUGCAUUCUUGAAAAGCUACCACCUGCUGGUCUCUGUAGUAUGGCAGGUGUUUGCAGCUCUUUGAGAAGUAGGUGUAUUAGUGAUCAUUUCUGGGAAAAGCAUAUGAAAAAAAAGUGGGGUAGAGUUAUUGGUCCUGCGGCCUAUAGAGAGUGGCAAUGGCAUAUUGCUUCAAGAAAGGAUUCAAGUCAUGUAAAACAAGGGAAGCCAAAAGGUUUGAUGAGGAUUUUAUCAAUUAUUAGGCCAUUUUGGUGGAUUAAAUCAAAGGUUGAUGAUAGUAGUAGGCAGAGUUCUUUGCCAGAUGAUUCAAUCAUGUCUUGGUAUCUUGCUCUUGAAACUGGCAGAUUCUGGUUCCCUGCUCAGGUCUAUAAUCGUGAGAAUGGCCAUGUCGGCUUUAUGUUGUCAUGCUAUGAUGCGGAACUCAGUUAUGAUCCCCGUACUGAGACUUUCCAAGCCAGGUACCCUCCACAUGGAAGGAGGGCCGUGGCCAUAGAGAAUUGUGUGCCGUGGGAAAGGCUAAGAGCACCACCUAUUGAUACUUCACCACAUGAUCUUCAUAUUUCUUAUUGUUUGAAUGAGCUACGCCCAGGUGAUAACAUUGAGAUUCAAUGGAGAAGAAACAAAGAAUUCCCUUAUGGUUGGUGGUAUGGUGUGGUUGGUCACUUGGAGUCAUGUGAUGGGAAUGAAAAUUACUGCCGUUGUCAUAAUAGUGAAUAUUUAUGGCCAACCACACUGAAAGAACCCUGUGUUUCCUAUGGACUCUGUUUGUUUGCUUAUUUGGAAUCUUUCGGCUAUGUGGGGCUGCAAAGUAUUUAUGGUGGAACUAACUGGAAAAAUGAAAGAUGUGGUUCUCACAGGCAGUGUAUUCCUGUAAUGACACAGUGGUGUUAGAGUUCAAUCAUUACACCCCUGGCUCAAGGUGGAGACGCACAUCAAUGAAUAGGAAAGACCAUCGAGAGGAGGGAAAUGAGGCAGAUGGAUUUUAUGGGGGAAUCAGAAAACUUAGCAGUGAGGAGGAGAUUACUACAUGGAAGCGGCUCUGGCCAUCGGAAAUCCUGGAAUAGCCUUGUGCGUACAAAUGCAUGCUAAUGUCACCACGAUUUCAAUACAUAUGGCCUAUUUUCCUUCCAACUAGGCAAAGUUUAUCAGGUUUCUGCUCUAUAAAUGGUGCUCCUGGAAAUUGAAAAUCGACUUCGAAGUUGCAAGAAUGGGGAGUUAAAGUUCAAUGUUCAUGUAAAAUCCCCUUAUUUAUUUGGCAUGUCCCACGAUUAUGUAAAGUUUUUUGUUGAAAAUCAUUUGGGAGCCCAUUGAUUAUUCGAGGAAUAGAGAAUGGCAACUUUAUUCCAACAUCAUAUCACCUGUAGAGCUUUGGAAUUGUAAAUUAUCCUUUGUUUCCAGCCUUAUAAAUUUGUUGGAGCAUUAUGACUAACUGAACAAUAUGAUGAAAGACAAGAGAAUUUGCUUCUCUC